AAGUACCCUCCCCCUGCUCCCUCGGCCUCUCAUUGGCUGGGCCCGGCCCUGGGCCCGGUCCGCCGCCGCCGGCGGGAGUGGGUCUUGGCCAUGGACGCCUCUGGAGGAAGGAGGCAGGAAGCAGGAGGGCCCAGGGGUAGAAAGGCUCACAGACCCCGGGAACAGGACCGAGACGUGCAGCUGUCCAAGGCUCUGUCCUAUGCCCUGCGCCACGGGGCCCUGAAGCUGGGGCUUCCCAUGGGGGCCGACGGAUUCGUGCCCCUGGGCGCCCUCCUGCAGCUGCCGCAGUUCCGCAGCUUCUCGGCUGAAGACGUGCAGCGUGUGGUGGCCACCAACGCGAAGCAGCGGUUCGCCCAGCAGCCGGGGGACCCCAGCACCGGCCCUCUCAUCCGGGCCAACCAGGGUCACUCCCUGCAGGUACCUAAGUUGGAGCUGAUGCCCCUGGAGACCCCGCAGGCCCUGCCCCCCAUGCUCGUCCAUGGCACGUUCUGGCAACACUGGCCAUCCAUCCUUCUCAAGGGCCUGUCCUGCCGGGGAAGGACGCACAUCCACCUGGCCACCGGACUGCCUGGGGACCCUGGUGUCAUCAGUGGCAUACGGCCAAACUGUGAAGUGGCCGUGUUCAUCAACGGGCCCCUGGCCCUGGCAGAUGGAAUCCCCUUCUUCCGCUCUGCCAACGGGGUGAUCCUGACUCCAGGGGACGCUGAUGGCUUCUUGCUUCCCAAGUACUUCAAGGAGGCCCUGCAGCUGCGCCCGACCCGAAAGCCCCUCUCCUUGGCUGGUGAUGAAGAGACAGAGUGUCAGAGUGGCCCCAAGCACAGCUCCAGAGGAAGAAGAAUGACCCAACAAUAAAAUAUUUAUUAAAAAAAGAAAAGAUAA